GGAGGAUGAUCUUCAAUAGUUUCACAGUUUUGUGUUGACUUGUGCAUCAUGAAGACCUUACUUGUUCUCGCCAUUUGCUUUAUCGCGGCUCAGGCCCUUACCGACGAACAGAAAGAUAAGCUGAAGAAACACAGAUCAGAAUGUCUGGUCGAAACCAAGGCCGACGAACAGCUGGUGAACAAAUUGAAAACCGGAGACUUUAAGACCGAGAAUGAACCACUGAAGAAAUACGCUCUGUGCAUGCUGAUCAAGUCAGAGCUGAUGACCAAGGAUGGAAAGUUCAAGAAGGACAUUGCUCUUGCCAAAGUACCGAAUGCGGCUGAAAAACCAGCAGUGGAGAAGCUGAUCGAUACCUGCUUGGCCAACAAGGGCAACACUCCCCACCAGACUGCCUGGAACUACUCCAAGUGCUAUCACGAGAAGGACCCUAAGCAUUCCAUUUUCCAAUAAGCCAUUCAAGAACCGUUAAGACCCCUACGCACAUUUGAGUUUGAGAUAUUUUAAAUUUGGAAUACCAUUCUUAGCAGACAAUGAGCAACAAUCUGUGACAUUGUUCUCUAAUUAAAUUCAUUUUUUUCUUGUAUGGUUUCAAAAACAAUUGUCUAAAUGUGACAUAUAUUUCUUUGUACAAUAAUUGUAAGUCGGUUACGACAAAUCCACCUUUUUAAAUAACUUAAAUGAAACCUGAUACUGCCUGUACGAAUUUAAUUUACUAUGGGAAAUAAAUUUAUUUGGAAAUGACUAA